AUGGCAAUCAUAGAACCAGAGGCUUUUAAGACAGAGAUUACUAAGGGGAAGGUUAUUCUAGUGGCAGACAAUGAGACACUCACCAUCGAAAAGGAAGAUUCUGUCACCAUCAAGAUUCAUUCUAAGGUUCAUGAUGUUGAUAGUGAUAUGUUAAUGAAGACAGAUAUUCUACAUGAUAUCGUGAGUGAUGUUAGACAUAUUAAUGUUGUUCCGAUGGAGGAGAAGAAUAAAUUAGAGAGUGAGGUAAUUGAUAAUAUGUAUGAAUUGCUUAGUGGAGAGCUAGAAACAAAGGAGAUGAAAGAAUUGUUUAUGGAGUAUGAGGCGGGAUUUUCUUCUCUAGAAGCAAAGGUUGUGAAAAAUUUCAAGAUGAUUUUGAUGAUACUUCCAGCACUAAAAUAUGAGAAGCAACAUGGAAAAUAUUUUUAG